AUGCACAAAAGCGUCCUCUGCUUAGCGCUCUACACAGAAGAUGAUUCAUUGGCAGUUAUGUCGAAUGAUGAUUCUCCAUUUCGAAGUUUGUCACAAGAAGCUCGAGAACUUUAUUUAGAAAGUUCUAUAUCCCGCAUCGACGUUCCAUCACCGCUCACUUUCUAUCGAGAUUAUGUUAGUCGAAACAAACCUGUUAUUAUUAAAGGUGCACUUAAUCAAUGGCCUGCUUUAUCCAAAUGGACUGAUUCGCAGUAUCUACGAACACAACUAGGUGAUCAGUUAGUAACUAUCGAUAUAACUCCGGAUGGUUAUGGAGAUAGCGUUAAAUUGCAUAAAUAUUUCGUAACGCCUCUAGAAGAAAAGAUGCCAUUCAAUCAUUUUAUGGAUAUCAUUGAAGGGAAAAUACAGUACAAUGGUAUUGUUUAUUGUCAACAUCAGAACAGUUCCUUUACGACUGAAUUCCAACAGCUAAACAAAGAUAUCCAGGAAUUAGACUGGGUUCGAGAAGCUUUCGGUCAUCCGCCCGAUGCCGUCAACCUUUGGAUUGGCACAUCCAAAUCAGUCUCCACACUUCACCAUGACCCUUAUGAAAAUCUCUACGGUGUUAUCAAAGGUCAAAAACAUUUCACUCUUUAUCCUCCCACAGACCUCUACUGGCUCGAUCAGAAGUUUUAUCAAAAAGCUCACUAUGAAAAAUACAAUUCCACCCAAGCAACCGUCGAUAAUGACGGCCUUGACUUAAAAUCCGCUGACAACUUUGUUAUUGUCCCAGAUGACACUACAGUUCCAUGGUUCGAUCAUGAUGAAAACUUUCCCCAGCAUAAUCAGCAUGUGAACCCGUUAAAAGUUUCCAUUGGAUCCGGCGAACUUCUCUAUUUGCCAUCACUGUGGUUUCAUCGUGUAGAGCAAGACUCUCCGCUGACAAUCGCUUGUAAUUUCUGGUAUGACAUGGAAUAUGACAUUAAGUGGAACUAUUAUCAAUUCAUGUCGAAUAUCGUGAAACAAAGACAGAAAUAA